GUUGCAGUAAUGUGACGUAAUCGGCAGUCGAAGGACCCCGAGCCGAUCCUGCACCCGAGCAGAUCCUGUACCGACACCGGAAUUCCCACCAGCAAUGCGCCUGCGCGACACACUGACCGCGCAGUUCCAUUUCGCUCCAGUCGUUUGAAAGCUGCCACAGCGAGCUAGUGCCUCCUGUCUGGAGAGGCUCUGCGUGCCAUUCUGACGGGUUAAAUACUGUAACGUUGUGAGCAUGGAGCUGAAUGAUGCAAACCUUCAGACCCUGACUGAGUUCUUAAGGAAAACACUGAACCCAGACCCAGCAGUCAGGCGUCCAGCUGAGAAGUUUCUGGAAACUGUAGAAGGAAACCAGAACUACUCGCUGCUACUCCUCACUCUGCUGGAGAAGUCUCAAGAUGACGUGAUUCGUGUCUGUGCUGCUGUGACGUUCAAGAACUACAUCAAACGAAACUGGCGAAUCGUUGAAGAUGAACCAAACAAAAUCUCUGAGGCUGACCGAACAGCAAUCAAAGCUAACAUUGUAAAUUUGAUGCUAAGCAGCCCAGAACAAAUCCAGAAACAGUUGAGCGACGCCAUCAGCAUCAUAGGAAGAGAAGACUUCCCUCAAAAAUGGCCCGACCUCCUGACAGAGAUGGUGACCCGCUUCAGGAGUGGAGACUUCCACAUCAUAAACGGAGUACUUCGUACUGCACACUCUCUCUUUAAGAGGUAUCGCCAUGAGUUUAAGUCAAACGAGCUUUGGUCUGAGAUCAAACUGGUUCUAGACACGUUUGCCCUCCCUCUGACGGAGCUCUUCAAGGCAACAAUUGAGUUGUGUCAGACUCAUGCGAACGAUGUCAAUGCCCUAAAGGUCCUCUUCUCAUCUCUCACUCUCAUUUCUAAGCUUUUCUACAGUUUAAACUUUCAGGACCUUCCAGAGUUUUUCGAAGACAACAUGGAGACCUGGAUGACCAACUUUCACGGUCUGCUGACCUUGGAUAACAAGCUUCUACAGACCGAUGAUGAAGAGGAGGCAGGUCUGUUGGAGCUGCUGAAGUCUCAGAUCUGUGACAACGCUGCCCUUUAUGCUCAGAAGUACGAUGAGGAAUUUCAGCCUUACCUGCCGCGCUUUGUUACCGCCAUCUGGAACCUCUUGGUCUCCACUGGACAGGAGGUCAAAUAUGACCUGCUUGUAAGCAACGCCAUCCAGUUUUUGGCCUCGGUCUGUGAACGGCCACAUUACAAGCAUCUGUUUGAGGACCAGAGUACUCUCACUAGCAUUUGUGAAAAGGUCAUUGUCCCCAACAUGGAGUUCAGAAGUGCGGACGAGGAGGCUUUUGAGGAUAACUCGGAGGAAUAUAUCAGACGAGAUCUUGAAGGAUCGGACAUCGACACUCGCCGUAGAGCAGCCUGUGAUUUGGUGAGGGGCCUGUGUAAGUUCUUCGAGGGCCCGGUGACGGCCAUCUUCUCUGGCUAUGUGAACUCGAUGCUGACGGAAUACGCCAAGAGCCCCAGAGAGAACUGGAAACACAAGGAUGCUGCCAUCUACCUGGUCACGUCGCUGGCCUCUAAAGCUCAAACACAGAAGCAUGGAAUAACACAAGCCAAUGAACUGGUGAAUCUAAACGAGUUCUUUGUGAACCACAUUCUCCCAGACCUGAAAUCCUCCAACAUUGAUGAGUUUCCCGUGCUGAAGACCGAUGCCAUAAAGUAUGUGAUGAUCUUCAGAAGUCAGCUUCCCAAGGAGCAGCUGCUGCAGGCGGUUCCUCUGCUGAUAAGCCACCUGCAGGCACAGAGCACGGUGGAGCACACGUAUGCUGCUCAUGCUCUGGAGAGGCUGUUCACAAUGAGGGGCCCCAAUAACGCAACGCUCAUCACCUCUGCAGAGAUGGCCCUUUUUACCGAGCAGCUGCUCACCAACCUGUUCAAAGCUCUGAGUCUUCCAGGCUCUGCAGAAAAUGAAUACAUCAUGAAAGCCAUCAUGCGCAGCUUCUCCCUGCUGCAGGAGGCCAUCGUUCCCUACAUCCCCACUCUGAUUGGUCAGCUCACUCAGAAGCUGCUGUUAGUCAGCAAGAAUCCCAGCAAACCUCACUUCAACCACUACCUGUUUGAGUCCCUGUGUCUGUCAGUGAGGAUCACUUGCAAGGCCAACCCCGCCACAGUCAGCAGCUUCGAGGAAGCCCUCUUCCCAGUCUUCACUGAGAUACUCCAGAACGAUGUCCAGGAGUUUCUUCCGUAUGUGUUCCAGGUGAUGUCUCUCCUGCUGGAGAUCCACUCCAACUCUAUUCCUGCAUCUUACAUGGCGUUAUUCCCGCACCUGCUGCAGCCGGUCCUGUGGGAACGAACAGGGAACAUCCCCCCUCUCGUGCGCCUGCUCCAAGCUUACCUGGAGAAGGGAGGUGCCACCAUAGCCACUUCUGCUGCAGAUAAAGUGCCCGGCUUACUUGGAGUUUUCCAAAAGCUUAUUGCUUCCAAGGCCAACGACCACCAAGGGUUUUACCUCCUCAACAGCAUCAUCGAGCACAUGCCAGCAGAGUCUAUAAUCCAGUACAGGAAACAGAUCUUCAUUUUACUCUUCCAGAGGCUCCAAAGCUCUAAAACCACCAAGUUCAUCAAAAGUUUUUUGGUGUUUGUCAACCUCUAUUGUGUCAAAUACGGUGCGAUUGCCCUUCAGGAGAUUUUUGACAGCAUUCAGCCCAAGAUGUUCGGCAUGGUGUUGGAGAAAAUAAUUAUCCCAGAGGUCCAGAAGGUGUCUGGGAUAGUAGAGAAGAAGAUUUGUGCUGUUGGCAUCACUAAGAUCCUCACAGAGUGUCCCGCCAUGAUGGACACGGAGUACACCAAACUCUGGACCCCGCUGCUCCAGGCUCUCAUCGGGCUGUUUGAGUUACCAGAAGACGACAGCAUCCCAGACGAUGAGCACUUCAUCGAUAUCGAGGACACGCCCGGCUAUCAGACGGCUUUCUCACAGCUGGCCUUCGCUGGAAAAAAGGAGCACGACCCAAUCGGAGACGCAGUCGGAAAUCCCAAGAUCCUGCUAGCCCAGUCGCUUCACAAGCUGUCUACCGCCUGUCCUGGAAGGGUUCCAUCGAUGCUGAGCACCAGUAUGAAUGCAGAAGCCCUUCAGUUCCUGCAGGGAUACUUACAGGCUGCCACUGUUCAGCUGGUCUGAAGCUGCUGCUGCUGAUGAUGAUGACGAGUUGGUCGGAGACCAUCAAACACAGCAGCCUCGGGUCACACGACCUGUUACGACUGUCGUGGACGACCAGAGAAAUGAUGUUAUGCCUGCUGUGUUCUAUGGUGGAAACAUUUUAAAGGAUUUUAAAAAGGCGUGACCAAAAACUCACAUAAUCACCAUCACUGAGGUUUCUUUGGCCCUAAAACAUUUAGAAGAUGCUGAAAGUGUUUUGGGUCUGACGCAGGUCUGUGGUUUCAUUAGCAGCAGAGGAACAUUUGUUUUUGUGCUCAGUCUGGCUGUAAACCUGAUGCAUCCGGUUGUUGCAUGUAGCUCUCCGAUUUCUUUUUUUUUGGUAUCGUUAUUGUGAAUAAAGAGGCACUUGUAUAGA